AUGCCAGGAUAUGUUAAAUUUUUUAAAGACAUCUUGCUUAAAAGGAGGAAAUUAGGUGAGUUUGAAACGAUUGCACUUACUAAAGAGUGCAGUGCCAUUAUUCAGAAUAAGCUUCCACCAAAGCUUAAAGAUCCAGGUAGUUUUACUAUUCCACGUACUAUUGGUGCUCUUUGUUUUGCUAAAGCUUUAUGUGAUUUGGGUGCGAAAGAUGUUUUUGUAAAAGUUGAUAAGUUUAUUUUUCUAGUAGAUUUUAUUAUUCUUGAUAUGGAAAAAGAUCGUGAAAUACCGAUCAGUCUUGGGAGACCAAUCUUGAGAACUGCUCGAGCUUUAAUUGAUGUGGAAAAAGUUGAGCUUACUUUAAAGGUUGAAGACCAAUAG